ACCUUCGUUUCUUCAUUUGUUGUUCGUGGCCCUUGUAGGGUUUCCACUGGUGCCUGGGACGCCCGGAGCGGCGGGAUCGAUGCGCUCCCCCAGCGCUUGCGAGUGAAUCGGCUCUGGCCGGGUGCUAGAGAUCGCGCGCCACGCUCUCACAGCCGGGAUUGGGGUUUGGGAAUUUCGGGUCUCGCGUCUGUCACGGGCGCUAUUUCCAUGGAUCCAGCGUGAAAUCUCCGGCGCCGGGCACCGCAUUCUUCCAAUGCACGUCCAUCGGUCUUGAUUCGCGGCGAGCGAGUGAGCGAGCGACGGUGAUGCAAAGGAUGCGGCAAAAUUCCAUGUCGGGGCGAUGGAGGAGCGCCGAGGAAGCUCAGGCGGACCGGAGAGCCUUAGCUACCAGGUUGGGGCUUUCAGAAUUCUCGUCCUUGGCAGGCUCGCGCUCCAAUCCAGACGGUGCUUUCGACACGGACAUACCGGGUCUGUCGUUACUCCCGGCCCCUCCAAGCAUGGAUCAUUUACCAUUUAAUAGUGGGUCGGGAAGAUCAUCGUUCGCCACUGGCACACGGAUAGGAGGGGGAUGCGUCAGCCAUAGCCGGGGUGGUCCUCGAGGGGCGAGCCAAGUAAUCCACCGGAGUAGUGGGAAUUUGGAGAUGUCGGCAUCGGGGCCCUGUGGUGUUACGGAUGGAGAUAUCGACAUCUUCCACGACUGUAUGAACUUGGAAGAGAACGCCACCUUCUCCAACAUGUUUGACGAUCUCGACUUGGAGGGAUCGGAGGUUGGUCCGGGCAGGGAUGAGGCAGCAUCGUCGGGGGCAUUUGCUCAGCCGGAUGCGGUCGCCGCUACCAUGCAGAUGGGAGCUCCAAGUUACAAUCCGGCCACCGUAACAGGUAAUAGUUCUUCUAGAGGUUCCUCGUGCAAACGAAAGAGUUGCAACAUCCCGUCGGCUUCUGGCUUCCAGGACGGCUUGAGCAUGAGGCACAUCCAGGAUGGUGUUGGGGCUGGUCACCAGGGUGUGGAUCUCUCGCAGAGGCCAGCGUUUAUGCUACCGCCUCCAUCGGGUGGUGCAUCUUCGUCGAGGUCUGCAGCACUCAUGGAAGGCCCCCGGCCUCAGAAAACAAGGCUCUCAUCCGAUGCUCUGGACUCGACUCUGGGGGCCUCGCUGUUCACGAGUUCCAGGAUGCCAGAUUUUGCGGGGCUCAGUGGCACGAGUGGCAACGCUGGCAGCAUCAGCAUGCACCCCUCACAAGUGUAUCCAAGAGCUGUUCGGAGGACGUUUCCUCCUGGCCCUGACUCGUUUCGUAUCAGGAGGAAUGCGCUGCUCGACUACUCGCCGGGUCCAGAUGGAGCUCCAAGUCACGGUCAUCUGACAUUUUCGGGUGGAUCUAACCCACGGGAUCCCGGUGCCGCGAUGGCUUUCUCGGGAGGUAGCAGAGCAGCAAGGCUUCACGGUGGAAGUUCUAGCAUUGGUGGACAGGGUCUGUCGAGAAGGAUUGCCAGAGUAAGCUCCGGCAGAAGCAUGACUGCCAGUGCUUCUCCAAGGGAACAGGCGGAGAGCAGGAUCAGAAGUGUCAGCAUGGCAUGCUUAGAGAAUGGUACGUUCACAACUGGGAGCAACCGUGGUCCUGCCAUUCGACGUGGAGUUGCAAACUAUCUGCCUACACUGGGCGCACGGCACCCUCCUAUAAGUGACGCAAGGCAGUUGCACGGUUACAAUGGGCGUGCGGCGUUUUUCACUCACGGACGAACCAUGUCUCCACCACAGGUUCCGAGUUCGCUCAUGGAAGCACCAGAAAUGAGACCCCCACCUCCGUUUGAAAGCUCACAGACAUUUAGACACCCAGCGUUAGCCGUGGGAAGAAGGGACCUUUCGGCUCUCAGUGAAGGCUUCAUGGCUAUACCGUCACAGGAGCUCGAGUGGGAUCACCAUCGUCCCCGCCUAAUGGCCGGGGGAUUAGCUGAGAUAUUGCAAGCGUUGGAGCGCGUAGAAAGGGACGAAGAUCUUACACGCGAGCAAUUGAUAAUGCUGGAAGCUACGACUUUCCUGUUUGGGGGCAUUGGCCUCCACGACGACCACAGUGACUGGAGGCUGGAUAUUGACAACAUGUCAUAUGAGGAACUACUCGCUCUGGGCGAUCGAAUUGGAACCGUCUCGACUGGUUUAUCCGAGGACACGAUAGUCCAGCAGCUGAAGAGAACGAAGUAUGCGGCUGCUUUAGCUCGGAGCUCGGAGGACAGUGAUGUAAAGUGCUGUGUUUGUCAGGAAGAAUUCGAGGAAGGAGUCGAGUUGGGGACUAUCAAUUGCGGGCACAACUAUCAUAUGGACUGCAUCCGCCAGUGGCUAGUUCGGAAGAACUCGUGUCCAAUCUGCAAAGCCACGGCGCUUCCUCAAAUCUCGGAACCUGGAAGCCCAAAGUUACAGGAAUCUUCUUCGUAAGACUAGAAAGGUCAGCCUUCAUAUUUGGAUUUGAGCGCAUCAGCGCCAUAGGAAGAAAGAAAGGUCCCUUACACAUUUGCUACUUCGAUCGAUGAUCAUAUGAUAAGAAACAAGGAUAAAGAGAAAAGGAAAAACAACAGGUUUCAGCUCA